GUGGCGCAAAACAGCAAGCCACAUGCGUCUGGUGGAGGAUUCUCGUAAAUUUAAUAAAAACAGCGAACCAUGGACUCUCCCAAACCUAAACGGCCUCGAAGCUGCGAGAAUGUAACAGCGACUGAAAAGAACCUAGAGGGAGAGAGAGCGCGAGUGGACGUGAGUAUCAUCAUGCCAGUGCACAAUGCAGCUCAUUGGUUAGAAGAGUGUCUAGAGUCCAUCCUGCACCAGGACUUCACUGGAUCCAUGGAGCUGUCGGUCUUUGACGAUGCCAGCACUGAUGACUCCAGGAAAAUAGUGGAGGGCUGGAGAGAAAGGCUUGAGACAAAGGGCAUUUCACUGAAGAUCUCUGGUCACAUCUCUGCUCAACCAAAUGGAGUGGGGUUUGCAAAGAACCAGGCGAUAUCCCAGAGCUGUGGAGAAUACUUAUGUUUCCAAGAUGCUGAUGAUAUAAUGAAGCCUCAAAGAGUUCGACUGCAGCACGAGGCCGCACUUCUCCACCCAAACUCUCUGAUCGGCUGCAGCGUUGAGAGGAUUCCUGAGGGCUCCACUGAACGUUACACUCGAUGGAUCAACACGCUUACACAGGAGCAGCUCUCCACACAGGUGCUCACGUCACAUGGGCCAACAGUCAUCAUGCCCACGUGGUUUUGCUCAAGACUGAGUUUUGACAAAGUCGGUCAGUUUGACGAAGGAGGCAAGGGUGUCCCGGAGGACCUGCUGUUCUUCUACCACAGUCUUCGCCAGGGGUUGGGCGUGAGGCGGGUCAACCAGUGUCUGUUGGUUUACCGCUAUCACGAAAAGGCUGCCACUCACUCCGUCUCAGAGGAGACUAUUUGGAAGCUGCGAGUGGACUUCCUGCAAGAGAGAGUGCUCACCCAAUGGGAGAGCUUUACCAUAUGGAAUGCUGGCAAACAGGGUCGGAAGCUGUACCGCAGCCUAAGCCCAGCCAAUCAGAAGAAGGUCAAAGCUUUUUGUGAUGUGGAUGAGAACAAGAUUCAGAAGGGCUUCUACACAUAUGAGGAGUCUAAGGAAAGACCCAAACCCAAAAUCCCAGUGGUUCACUUCAAAGAGGCCUUGGCUCCUUUUAUCAUUUGUGUUAAACUGGACUUGACAGGAGGUGUUUUUGAGAAAAAUCUCACCUCGCUGCAGUUGGAAGAAGGAAAAGAUUACUAUCAUUUCAACUGACUGAGUGAGGCGCAACACUGAACACAGUAAACAUAAACUCUGUGAGAGCAGGUGAUUAUGGGACAUGGACUGACCUCAACAGCAGUGAGGCUGUGGCCCACUCAGACAUUCUGGUGUCUGGACUCUGGAGCCUCAAAAUCCCUCCCAGUUUCUUCUCACUGCGUCAAAACUGUUGUCAUGACAAUACUAAAAUUUCCAACUUGGUUCUGAUACAAAGGAAAACACCUGAUAAUUGUUACCACUUUCAAUACCUCUGUGAGAUAAAACCCCUCUUUUUACCUCAAUAGUGUGUAAAUUUUAACACAAAAUGUUUUUAUUUUCAGUAUCUCAUUUUGAUACUGGUUUUAAUAUGAAGGUGUCUGAGUUUUUAGUAAAUUUGUUGGCUGUAAAGUUCCACUGUGAAGUAAAUUUGAGUGACAUGUUGUCACUGUGCACACUGUGUUUAAAGUUGAGUGCUUUGGAGACUUCGUAAAAGUGCAGAUUGUCAGUCAGUAUCUUUGUUGUGGAUCAGGUGUAAUAAUGUUUAAAAGAGCUUGGAUGUUGAUGACUAAGAAUUGUUAAGAAUUUAGUAAAAUUUUUAUUAAAAUUAAAAUCAUUUUGCAUGCCAUGUUGUUCAUUGCAGUUGCAUAAUAAGAACUGAAAAAUCCUGUAAGUUGUGGACAUAUUAUGUAUAAAUGAACUAG